CUAAGAACAAAAAAAAAUUAAACACAGAUUUCUACCCAAAAAAAGCAGCAUCACAAAAUGUCAAAGCUUAUUCUUAUCCUCGCCGCACAAAUCCUCCUCCUCACCACCAUUGCCUCCGCCGGAGAUGGUGGAGACUUCGCAAGCACAAUGAACCCGGCACGCCUCCACAACAAGGAGAAACUCACUCAUCUCCGAGUCUAUUGGCAUGACAUCCGAAGCGGUCAAAAUCCUAGUUCCAUUAUGAUCCAGCCGCCGAUUAAGAAGUACUCCUCAACCUACUUCGGAUCAAUCACAAUGAUGGACAACAAACUAACAUCUGGUGUGUCGAUUAACUCUACUGUGGUGGGUCAAGCCCAAGGUUUCUACGCAGGAGCGGCCCAACCUGAGCUAGGUUUCUUAAUGGCGAUGACCUUCGCUUUCAAGACGGGGGAGUACAAUGGAAGUACGAUCACGAUUCUCGGUCGGAACACAGUGCUCUCUGAAGUUAGGGAAAUGCCAGUGGUCGGAGGAAGUGGAAUCUUCCGGCUCGCUAGAGGUCAUGUCGAGCUUAGGACUAAGUUGUUCGAUAAAAAAACAGGAGAUGCCAUCGUUGAGUAUAACUGUUUUGUCUUGCAUUACUAAGAUAGUUAAUCAUAAUAAGAUUGUGUUGACUGAUGUUAUUGUGCUAAGAUGAUCGUUUCUAGCAUUUCUUCCGUCAUUCAAUCAACAUACUGUAAUGGUGUGGGCCGAUAGUUUGUUUCUAAAUGAAAAAAAUCAUCUACCUAAAAUUUAUCGAUAAUCAUUAUACGUUUUGAAAGUAGACCUUUAUUGUGUAUAUUUUUAAAAUACUCUGAAUUUUACCAAAUUAGUUGUUAUUUUAUGGCAUAUCAUGCAAAAGA